AUGGCUUUCAUAAAAUCGCGGUUAGGAAAGCUUCCAUUCGUUUUAGAAGAAGAAACCGACCUUGGCAUGGACACAUCUUCAACGUUUAACAGCAAAGAGAAUGAUAGCCUUGUGGAACCAAUGUCGCCUGAAUUCGCAGAUGAAGGCUGGGACCCUGGGUUUUCGAGUCCUUUUAGAGAUUUAAUGUCGGAUGAAUCACCAGUUAAAAGUGACAUUCCUACCACUCCGCCUCUAUCGCCACCUUCGCUCGGAGCGCUUCGUCUGUUCGAUUCUCCACAAACGCCGAAGAGUCUCCUUGAGCGCUCGUCUGCUGUGAACCGCACGAUAGAUUUUAAGAGACCUGUGUCAAGAUUACGCCGAGGUUUACUUAAAGGUCGUGGAUUUGAAAGCGAGCCCCGCACAGGGCCACGAUCUCGACAAGUCACCGCAAAUGUAAACCCGUUCACUCCUGAAGCUUCUUCAAUUGGAGCAAAGAGAACGCGAAAUGAAGAUAGAAGGUGGGCAUUUUCUUUGUGGAGUCUUGUGUUUGUCAGCUCUUUAAUCCUAGCUUCAACCUUUAUUUUUCAAACAAAUUGACGUCUUACUAUGCUGCAUUCUAUUUUCGUGCUGCCUCCACAUUUAUUAUGCAUGCAGCAACUUUACACGAAAUAGAUCGGGAGUCGAAACAAGUAUGCAUCAUGAAUAUAUGGAGCGGAGCGAUUGCAGAAUACCCGGCCCACUAGGCUGUACGGAAAUCUUACCAAAAACCUUCCUUGGAUCUUGAAAGAUUUUUGCGGUUUAAAAAAAAUCUGUAAAUUCCGUUAAAACAGCGUGCUUUCUUUUAACUGUUGUUUCUUUUAUUUGCAAGAAUCAUCAAUUAUUGUGGAGGCAAAUAAAUGGUAGAUAGAUAGAUAGAUACAUGAUUUUCACAGGUUCCUGCUGUAUGCAGGACUGUUUGCAGUUGUACCUCUACUAGUCUUUUAAGACGUUAUCAACAGAGAAGGGUGUACUGAACAAUUUAUUAAUUGUCAACAAAAUUGUUGUAAAUUUUGAAUUAUUAAUAUCUUGAUUUUUACAGAAAUGGUUCCAUUCUAGAAGAUGAUGAUGAAAACGAUGGGAUGGAGGAUGAAAUCUUUGGAAAUCCAGCCAAGGUGACCUUACAGUUCUAAGUAGUUGUUAAGUACAUUAUAAUGUCCAGAGCAGAAACAAACCUAAGGUAACAGGAGCUACAUAGUUUUCAAGGUGCGGCCAUGCACUAAUUAAAUUAAUCUGAUUAUUGGGAUUGCACAAACAGCUAUUGGUGCAAAAUUCAAACAGCUGUCACAGAAUGUCUGGGUUAAGCAUCUACUGUAAAUCAGAAAUAUCAUAAAAACUUUCUUUAUUUCAGUAGAAGAUUUGCUUUAUACAGGAGGUUAAAAAAUCUUAUGUCGAGGAAAAUGUUGCGCAGAGACUGAUGUUUUCUGAACAAUGGAGUGUGUUUUUCUUCCUUGUUUCGACACUUUGGAAACUUAUUGACAACGUGAAUCCAUAUGGACUUCAUGAGGCUGCAUAAAUCUGAAACAUCUGAAGACUGUGAAACCUUAGACUUGAAGCCAACAAAGCCAGCCUGGAAUGUGAGUAUUUUUUAUUAUUGUACGGAUGAAUUUACCCACGAUGAGUUAAACUGAAGAGUAUGAUGACCAAGACCAUCUUUUUUUGUUUCUGUUUGUAGAAAUGUUUGUAGAAAUUGCACCAGCUGGAAAUGAAUGGCAAGAACAAGUUUUCAUACAACAAACAUUGUCACAAUGUUUUGUUUAAUAAUAAUCAUGUUAGUCUUGAAACUGGAAAUUGCAACUUGGUAACUGCAGAAGUCUGUGAGUAUGCCCUUGCAGCUGGCAGGAAGGACUUUAUUGGAAUAUCUCCAGUUGUCUCCGAUUUGUCGCUGCAUCAAGGGAGUGCGUCAGUUUAAUAUUCUUAUGCCUUUGGAAAGUCCCGUUCAGUAGUCCGGGUCAUCCUCCAACAAAAUCAUUAGUUAUGACAAGCAAGUAGUGGCCCUAGGCAAGCAAAAUGCCAUAGCUGCUUGCCCAAAGGAAAAGUUGGAAUUCAAGCUCCUUAAUAAGAUUUAUACUUAAAAGAGGAAAAUGGCAGAUAAAAGCAUCAACUAAAGAAAAUAUGCCAUCAUCAAAAUUUUAAUUUAUUGAAGAAAAUUAUUUACGGGAUAUGUAGUUGUUUUUCAUUACCAUCAUCUUGAAUAAAUUAUUCAAUAUAAACAGGGAGAAAAUGUUGGUAAGAGCCUUGCAUGAAUGCUUUUUCUGAAAACAAAACUGUUCUGAAGCUUGAAGCAAACAUUUUUUUCUUCUAAAAUGAAUGCUCCUAAGAUAGAUGGAAAAAAAAAACAAAAAACAUGGCCUGAUUCAAACUUACAUACUCACUUAGAUUCUUGGUGCCUUGCAGCAUAGUUCUUUGAUGAUGCUGCUGCUGCACUGAGUUUGGCUCUGCCACUCUGGGCUAGUGUUCUUACUGCCUCAGUCCAACUGGUUCCCUGCUUUUAAAUAGACUUGUGUAGUGUCCAGCCUCCAGCUGUUCUUAUGCCGCCCCUCUUCCUUCAACGUCUCUGGGGUUUCUAGGUCAAAGCCUGGUGUGAUGCUUGAAGUCGGUUUCCUAAUGGUGUGGCCUAUCAAUCCCCAUUUAUACUGCUCAGGAUCUUUUCUAAAUGUUCUAAAAACUGAUGAAAGAAAAAUUAUCUUUGGAUGAAAUAGACAGGCCCACUCCUUUUGUUCAGGUCAACAUUUUGUCAAACCAAAUUGAAAAAUUCUAUACUUGUCAGUGACUGUGGGGCAAAAACCAGGCUAUCACAGCUCCAGUUCAAUGGACAUGAGUCAAGUCAGUAAUAUCAAAAUGGCUUUUGGUAAUACAGUAAAAUUAACAUUGUCAUAUCAUUGAUAACCAAAGCAAUGUCUGAACACUAAUAAUAAAUUAUUGGUAUUAUAAGCUUCAUCUUGUCUUAAGGGUUUGCAACAAAGAUAUUAUUUUGUGGUACACUUGUCUGGUUUGAUGCACAUCUUCAGCUAGAUCAAUGGCUUCUUGAACAGCUACAUUUUCUCCUUCUUGAUCAUUCAGUUCAUCAUUAUUGCCACUGCCAGUUGUAGCGGCAUGUUUAAGAACAGCCAGCAAACUAGAGUUCAGCGUCUGACUUCCACUUAAGUGUUGUCAAGGCUAAAUAUUUAGAAAAAUAACCAAAAUUAAAAGCAAUGAAAACACCAGCAUUGUUCAUAGUUCAUUGUGAAAAGGUCAAAGAAGAAUGGAACUUUGUUAUUCCAGCUCCUAUAUUGGUUAAAUUGAUGGGUUGUGGCUGAUAAUAGAAUCUGAUAAACCGCAUAUGUUUAACAUCUGAGUGGCAGCUUAUAUGAUGUGGAUGGUGGUACAAUGGCUGGAUUAAAGUAGAGAGUGUCGCUAAAGUGACACUGCCAGGCGAGGUGUGUUCAUUAACACCUGUGGAGAACAGAGAGGCAGGCAGGUGUCCCUGUGGCUGCUUAAUGUCUGAUGCCAGUCUUUGGUUUUCCUCUCUUCACUUUUGGUAGUGUCUGUUCCCCAGAGUAAAUUAAUUAAUGAAUUGAUUAAUUUUUCCCACAUGCUUAGCCCUCUGUCUUCUUUCCCUUAAUGCAGUGACGCAGACUUAAGUAUCAGCAUGGAUUCCUUCAUUUGCUUGUCGGCUGUAAACUCUAUAACAUCUUUAUGUUUAAGUGUGACUUUUUCUGCGGCCUGCUGGAUAAAGUGAUCCUGUAUGGUUCCUCUGGGAUAUUUUGCUGUGUAUAACUCUUCCGUAGUAGUUUAACCAGUAGCUUCAGCAUUGGGCUCUGUCAAUCAGCUAGGCUUGAUUGGUUACCCAAUCUCCCGAGCUGAAGGCCCAUUUUAAAAGUGAUGACAGUUAAAAACUAAGAAGGAUGAAAUCUCAAAGCAAGUUAUGCAGAACCAAUGUCACAUAUAACUAUUUAAAUAAGGUGAUAAAAAUGCCAAGCUAAUUAAAAUAGAAGACAAAGUAAUAAUAUUAUGUAUAUUAAAAAUUGUUUACUUAAAAAUAUACACAAAUAAAUUAGUUGAUUAAUUACAGAAAUAUUGAAGAGGGUUAUUACAAAGUUGAGCUUUUAUGAAUGUCUGCAAAAAGAUGUAUUUGUCAAUGCCUUCUUUACAAAUGAUGGCAGGUGGUUCAAAAUACGAGAGAUACAAAUAAUUUACAUAAUAUGAUAACAAACUACGAAGGAACUUGCUAUUGGAAGUGACCUGAAAGCUCCAUGUUGGGAGAUAUUUUUAAUAAUUAAUGUUUGAACUUUUUUGUGCACCCUUGUUUUGUCUACUGUUAACUUGAGGCUCUUGAAAUUCUUCAUGGACUAUUGUGAUAACAAAGGAAAAUGUUAGAUGUGUGAGACAUGGCUACUCCAACAAUAAUAUAAAUCAUUCUUAAAUAUUACUUUCAUACUUAGCCAUUUGGGUAAAAAUUGGCUACUGCUAUAUGUAAGAGGAAAACAAAGCUAAAGUUGAAUGUUUGAUAACUGAAAGCUCCUAUUCCUACUUAUUUUUGAUCUUUAGCAAACAUAACACAAAUAUCUACCUGAAAACAAGUACAAUCAAAAGCCAGGGAGUUGGUUUUGCAGCCAUGAAAAAUGUGACAUCCAUUUCACUCUGGCUGAACCAAGAGUAUAACUUUAUCCUCACACAAUGGAUCCUUGCCUGCUUAGCAGGCGCUUGGAAAUAAUAUUUGAGAAAGAACGGGGUGCAUGAUGGAUACUUUCAGGUGCCUGCUAGGCAGGCUAUACAGAUCCGAAACUUCGUUGACUUUUUUGGAUUCUCUGACUUUGGCUAUGCUUAGAUAUGCCACUCUUAAUUUCAGUACAAACACUCAUCUCUUAUUGCAAGGAGAGUGUCUUAUCUCUCAACAGUUUUACCAAACAUGGUCUGUUGUGUUGCUGAUGUUGUUUUGUGACCGUUUUUGUCUUCUCUCCUUUCAGUGAGAGAGCUGCAGCAUAUUUAAGGUCAUUGAGCAAUGCUUGCAUCUGUCACAAAACCAAGGAAUUAGUUUUGCAGUGAUGAAAAAUGUGACAUCCAUUUCACUCUGGCUGAACCAAGAGUAUAACUUUAUCCUCACACAAUGGAUCCUUGCCUGCUUGGUAGGCGCUUGAAAAUAAUAUGUGAGAAAGAACGGGGUGCAUGAUGGAAACAUGGGCGAUGUAGACACACGAGAGGGGAGAGAGCUCCCUCUGCCCUUGUGUGUCUCCCUUGCAUCCCUGUUCUUUCUGGCACCCAUUAAUAAUUUCAGGCGCCUGCUACCUACAGGUUACACAGAUCCAAAACUUCAUUGACCUUGUUGGAUUCUUUGACUUAAGCUAUGUUCAGAUAUGCCUCUCUUAAUUUCAGUAAGACAAACACUUAGCUCCUUAUGGCAAGGAGAGUGUCUUAUGUCUCAACAGUUUUACCAAACAUGGUCUUGUGUGUUAUUGAUGUUGUUUUGUGACCGUUUUUGUCUCUCCUUUCAGUGAGAGAGCUGCAGCAUAUUUAAGGUGAUUGAGCAAGGCUUGCAUCUGUCACAAAGCCAAGGAAUUAGUUUUGCAGUGAUGAAAAAUGUGACAAUCCAUUUCACUCUGGCUGAACCAAGAGUAUAACUUUAUCCUGACACAAUGGAUCCUUGCCUGCUUAGCAGGGGCUUGGAAAUAAUAUGUGAGAAAGAACAGGGUGCAUGAUAGAAACAUGCGCAAUGGAGACACGCGAUGGGGGAGGGAACUCCCUCUGCCCUUGUGUGUCUCCCUUGCACCCCCAUUCUUUCUGGCGCCCAUUAAUAAUUUCAGGCGCCUGCUACCUAGGUUACACAGAUCCGAAACUUCAUUGACCUUGUUGAAUUCUUUGACUUGGGCUAUGUUCAGAUAUGCCUCUCUUAAUUUCAGUAAGACAAACACUUAGCUCCUUAUGGCAAGGAGAGUGUCUUAUCUCUCACAGUUUUACCAAACAUAGUCUUGUGUGUUAUUGAUGUUGUUUUGUGACCGUUUUUGUCUCUCCUUUCAGUGAGAGAGCUGCAGCAUAUUUAAGGUCAUUGAGCAAGGCUUGCAUCUGUCACAAAGCCAAGGAAUUAGUUUUGCAGUGAUGAAAAAUGUGACAUCCAUUUCACUGUGGCUGAACCAAGAGUAUAACUUUAUCCUGACACAAUGGAUCCUUGCCUGCUUAGCAGGGGCUUGGAAAUAAUAUGUGAGAAAGAACGGGGUGUAUGAUGGAAACAUGCGUGAUGUAGACACACGAGAGGGGAGAGAGCUCCCUCUGCCCUUGUGUGUCUCCCUUGCACCCCCUGUUCUUUCCAGAUGGCGCCCAUUAAUACUUUCCAGUGCCUGCUACACAGGCUAUACAGAUCUGAAACUUCAUUGACCUUUUUGGAUUCUUUGACUUGGACUAUGCUCAGAUAUGCCUCUCUUAAUUUCAGUAAGACAAACACUAAGCUCUUAUGGCAAGGAGAGUGUCUCAUCUCUCAACAGUUUUAUCAAACAUGUCUUUUGUGUUAUUGAUGUUGCUUUGGACCGUUUUUGUCUCUCUUCUCAGUGAGAUAGCUGCACCAAAUUUAAGGUCAUUGAGCAAGGCUUGCAUCUGUCACAAAACCAUCACAAAGAUUGCAAGGCUCUGCCAAAAAAUAAUGUUUCUGUCAGACUGGAAACUUUUAGGAAGAUAACUGAUGACUGCUUAAUAUUUGAGAGUGGAGACCUAGCUUGCUCACAUUGAUUCUUGCAUACAGUUUCAAGGACUGUAAAGCACUUAUGUGUUUUUGUCAUAUUGCUUCAUUACUUUUGUGUGUUGUGUUUCUCAAGUGAUGGGGAAAUCUAUCUAGCGGCAUCAUCAUUAGUUUUCUCUAGAAAGGGGUUUGAAAAAGGGUCUUCUAGUUUGAAAAAAAAGAAACCUUAAUCAUUAUUAAUAAUAAUAUUAUACAAGCAUAUAAAUACAAAGUAAAAGAAGAAAUAUGUUCCAAGGUCUGCUUUUAAUUAAAAAAGAGGAAGAACCUGUCUUUAAUUGUGUUACAUAGGUUAUGAUAAUUAUUUUAAUAAUAGUAAUUAUGAUGAUGAUGAUGGUGAUAAUAAUAAUAAUUUAGAGCAUAAUACAACAGCUUACUACAUGUGCAAUAAAACAGUGAAACAAUGAUAACUUACCCUAAAAAACAAUAAUAGAGUUCACCACUUCUUGGAAGGAGACGCUUUAGCUAAGCUUGUGAAAUGAAUGUCUUGUAUCAGUGUCUGAAAUCGUGACCAGCUUGUUGCCAAUUUGCCUAGAAAUUCAGAGCUGGUGACCAAAAAUUCAAGGCUAGUUUCUAGUAGGUAACUAAAAAAGUCUGCAGCAGCAGUUCUAUAAUUUGAGGAUUUUCCGUUUUUUUCAAAGUUGACUUAUGUUUUAUCCUGCCAACAUCACACGACAGUUAUCUGAGUGUUUUAAAAUGUCUCGUCUUCAGAACAGUUGAAUGGCUGUUUUAUUGGCCAUCAUCAUGCAUAUCUGUUUAUACUGUUAAAGAAAGGGAAAAAUUUCUGGCGACGAAAUUAUGCCAUCUGGUCUGUAUCAAAAAGUUAAUUUUGGACCUUGUGUAUGUGUAUAUUAAGAUGUGCAGCACCGGUGCCCAUCCUGGUGCCCAUCAUAAUCAAUCAAUUAUCGCUUAUGAGAAAUAUCCAAUCAAUUAUUGCAAAAAACAAACAAACAAAGGAUCAUAAAAAUAUUCAAACUUAUACAUACUAGUUAGUUAUUUGCCAGCAGAUUACUAAAAUGUUAGUUGUGCGCGCAAUGCAUGAUUUCCGUAUGUAAUUCAAUGCUGAACUGUGUCUCAUGAAACUGUGUGUCUCAGUAACUGUUAUCAGCAUCAGCCAUGAGUUUGCUGAAAACAUUUACCUCAAAUUUAAUAAUGAGGAUUAUUCCAGAUAUCACUAAUACCUCAUCCUCUGAUUUUUUGUGGCUGGGCAACAUAUUCCAUGCAAAUCUGUUGCCUUUGUUUUAAUUGCUUCUACUCAUCUAGAGUGCCUCUUAUUUUAAAUAACUUAGCCAGACUUUUUGUGGCUCCUAUAUGGAUAGUUCUUGUUUUUUUACUUUUUUUUUUCUCUUACAGAGACUUGCACUACGUGAGAGUAAUAUCUCUCGUUACAAUGCUGAAUUUGUUGAAAUCAGCACAAUAGGAUCUGGCCAGUUUGGUUCUGUUCAUAAAUGUGUCAAUAGAUUAGGUAAGUGUUUCCUCGUUUGGUGUAUACUAUCUAGAGUUAUGGUACAGUUCCUCUCUUGAUCUUCUUGGUGGUAACUCUCUUAAACCUUUAAGUGCCAACAGUGACCAAGAUCAAUUUUCUCCUAGCAAUAUCCAUACACUGUCAACAGAUAAGUUAUGAGAAUUAAUAAAGUGAUCACCCAAGAAAAAAUGCCUUGAUCUUUUAUCAAAUUCCCUCAACUCAUUCUCUAAGGAAAUGUAUGGAGAUCAGUUUGGAGAAGUUGUGUGUGGAUACUGCGGCUUAAAGGGUUGAUACUUCCUUGUCAAAACUAGUAUAUUGUGAGUUGUAGACGUAAACUGAAUGUACUUUGUUUGCCUAGAUAAAGGAGGGAUUAAAUUGAUUUAAUCAUUACUUAGGUCAGUUUUGAUUUCCCUGGUGUUUGUGUUGUUGAAGAGGUUAUUUUUGUGCCUCAAAGAGCAGCAUGACAAGAAAGUCACUUCUUUUAUUAUCUGUCUGUUAGAAGUGGGCAUUGUUAUAAACAACUCAGUUAAAAUUUAGUUCUUAUGAAUUUGUGGUUGUUAUUUCAGAUGGAUGCGUAUAUGCUUUAAAGCGAUCACUCAAGCCAGUAGCAGGCUCAGUUGAUGAGUAAGUCUAACAGGCCAACCUUUUGAUUUUUGAAGUGGACAAGAGAGGGGGGGAGGGGGGUGUUGUGUGUCUUCAGGAAAAAAUACGGGGCUGGCAGUUUUAAGAUUUUAAGUUGCCAGGGUAAAUUGAAAUACAACAAGAAGGCAGGGAAUCAUACAGCAAGGGAUUUAUUUUGGUUCUAUUUUUCUCCUGGUUAUUUUUUUUAAUGUUGCCAGUGGGGGGUGGGGGGAGGGAGGUGGUUACCUUUAUAGUACAAUGUAGCCAUAGGAAAUCCCCAGCUCCCAGUGAAAAUAUCUUGCACUUGGACCCCAGUAAUUCUUGGCUAUUUAAAUGUACACCAAAAAUUAGGAGAAAUGGUCUGAUAAAUCUAAUCUUGCCCAAACCCACCUUAUCCCCUCCCCCUCAAAAGUAAAAUCAUUGAUCCCUUGCAUGUUGCAGGUUACAUGCAAUUUUUAAAAGAAAAAAAUCUGCACCUUGUUUUGUUGGAUUAAUGUAAGAAAACAGAAUCUUGUAAUAAAUGUCCUAGAUGGUUAUGUAAGAUACAUUCCAGUAAUUUUUUGGUGGACCUUGGUAUAGCUUCUCCAUCAUCCAGCAGUCCCGUUCUUAGAUGAUUUUUUUUUCCGGCUCCAUGGCCACAUCAGUGUUAUACAUAAUGCUGAUUGCUUUUUUUUUAGGCAAAAUGCCAUGCGUGAGGUGUAUGCCCAUGCUGUCCUUGGAAAAAACCCUCACGUCGUACGUUAUUACUCUGCAUGGGCAGAAGAUGGACACAUGUUAAUACAAAAUGAAUACUGUGAAGGUGUGUGUACAUUUCAUUUACAUUUGUUAAUCUAUCAUUGUUACAAGUGAAUACGUACUGAUAUUAUUGAUUGUUGCAAAUUUCAUUUUCUUCUUUACACUAAAAGACUAGAUGUUACAGUAACAAAAAAAAUUAAAUUAGUGUAAAUAUUUAAAUUUGGGGCUAGCUGGAUAAAAAUUUUACAAGUGUAAUUUACAAGUGUUAAUUUUGUUUUAGAGUUUAGAAACAAUAGAGACCCUUGUUAAACCUCGGAGAUAAAUGCAAAGUCAUACCCCUACUGUGGUAUAAGGGGGUUGGUUGAUUGGACCCCCCCCCCCCUUGAGUUUUUGAUAUGUUGCAGUAUUUCGAAACGAUUUUGCCUUCAGUGGAAAGCCUUUGCUCUUCUCUACAAUGAUUUACGAGGUAUAUUUUAUAGGUGGUGGCAGUUAGAAUAAAUAGUUUUUUGCACUUAGCAUGUAAAACAACACAUAAAUAAAUUAUUUCCUCCGCAAAUUUUACUUUUAUUCCUGAAAAACCUUGGCCACCUGCUACUUAUGACAUCAUAUCUCAUAACCGUAGUAACUGACCAUCACUAAACGUGUCUCAACAUGUGUGCAAGGGAUAAACAAACAGCUACAGAAAUCUUCAGGUGCUGAUGUUUUAUUGUUGAGGAAAAAAAUCACAAAAACUGUAGGGGGGUGGCAACCAUCCCACCUUGUACUUCCGAGGGUUAAUAUUGAUAACUGUAGUAAAAGCUGAAUUGGCCAUUGGUUUUUUAAUGAUAUUUUAGUCUUCAUAUGAUUGCUGAUGUAAAGUCAUAUUGUUUUUUUCUCCAUUUCAGGGGGAAGUCUCGCUGACUUAAUAGAAAAGAAUAAAUCAGCAGAGGAUGUUAUGGGAGAGAGUGAACUCAAACAGCUUUUAAUACAAGUUGCUCAGGUAUCAUAAUUUUUUUAAUGACAAUAUUUGAAUUCUCUACUAGUGAUUGGCCAGUAGACUUUGCUGCAUAAUGAAUCUGCUUUUGUCUCGGUUAUCAGCCCUUGGUCUGUGAGAAUAGUACAAGUAAAGUAUGUUUUUGUGAAACUGCCCACCCUCCCCUCCCCUAAGCCAACAUUUUGCCCUAAGUGAGAAGCAAGUUUUAAUGUUGACUCAGGGGAGGGGUAAAUGGGCAGAUUCCAAGAAACGCAUAAUGAUCCCUUACUGUGAGGCAAUAGACCAUCUCGUCACUGUGACCUUACCCUCCUCUCUAGGUUAGGUUUUUUUCGUAGUAAUUGCCAUGGUCCUAAACUUCUCCUACCCUUUAAUUUCAACACAGUUUUCUUUUCAUGUAAGGUGCAGGGCUGAAAAUAACGGCCGGUCAACGGACAGUGUCCGGCCUGAUCGCGAGUUCAGACACCCCCGUACAAUGAUACUCAUGGUAGAAAGGACAUUAAACACGCAAAAACUGUAGAAAGGAACUCUAAAAUGUGUGAAUGCAUUUUUCACCAACUUGCUGUCAAGAAUGUGAACGUCAAUGUAGUAAUAACUAUCUAUUGCCAGUGUAAUUCGAUAUUCCUGAGGGAAAAAAAUUAUAAUAUUCAUUAUUUGACCGGCCAGAAUCGGGGUUUGUCCAGGCUAAAAAAUAUUUGGCCGGUCAUCAUGACCGGCGACCUGCUGACUGUUAUUUUCAGCCCUGAGGUGCCAAAGAAACUUAACUUUAAUUCAGUAUUUUUUCCUUUUUCAAAAUUAAAAACAGGGAUUAAAGUACAUCCAUUCAUUGGGUCUGGUUCAUAUGGAUAUUAAACCUGGUAAGUUAUAGCACAAUGCAUGGGCAUUUUUUUAUGUGUUAUCUAGCAACGUAAAAACUUAGUUACAGACAUUUUGUACAUUCUUAUACUUUUUUUGGCAGGAAAUAUCUUUAUUAGCUAUAAUACUAAUUUGGAGGAAUGCCAGCACAGUGGUGAUGAAGGAUUUGAUGAAAAUGAUACUCCUGGACCACGAAAAAGAGCGCCAAUUUACAAAAUAGGUACAUUGCACUUAACUCUAACCAAAAAAUUAAAAAGGGAAUUUACCUUGUGAGACUACCAAUCCCACAGCCCGAAAAUUUUCAUAGACCAAGCACCUUAUGAAUUCUAACCUCGUGGAAAAAAACAGACAAACAAAGAACAAAAAAGGUUACUCUUCCAUUUUUGACAGCAUUUCUAGUGUGCAAAGAAAGUAAUGUCCUAUAGCACGGGGAAAGUGGAUUUUGCUAUUGGGCUAGAAAAUUCUGUUUUUAACUUGCCCAACAGGCAAGUGAUGUUUUUUGAGGAAUUCGAAUUACAGAAGAACUAUGAAAUCAAUUCUGCUAGUCAAAAAGCUUUUGGGGCUAGUUGAAAAUAAUGACAUCUGGGCUAGUAAAUGCAGGGCUUCUGAUAUUUCGCGGAAAAAAAAAAGCAAAAUUUCGCGGGAUUUUCAGGGGCAAAUUCGCGGAAAAAUCAGCCGAUUUCGCGGAAUUUUUGCGGGAAAAAAGUCAAAAUUCGCGGAACAAUCGGCCGAUUUCAGGCGAUUUUCGCAGGAAAAUCGGCCCAUUUCGAGGGAUUUUAGCGGAAAAGAGUCAAUUUUCGAAGGAUUUUCGGGGGCAAAUAAUUUCCUAAGAAUUUCUUCGGAAAAUCGGCCGAUUUCACGAGAAAUUUCGGGGGGAAACUUCGCCAAGAAACAAUCAACAAAAAACAGCCGAUUUCGCUGGGGUUUUUUUUGGCAAAUUUUACUAUAAUCGAUCAAUUUUGCGUCGAUAUGACCAGCGCUGGUGAACGUUUUUUUUAACACGGAUAAUCAUUUGCUCUUUCAACAACAGUUCGCUCGAGAAAUAAGCGCAUGUUAAAGCUAUCAACAUUAUGGUUAGUGCCCAGUUUUUCGCAACGUUCAUCUCAAAACGCCUGGUAGUUUUGGGACGUUGUUUACUCGUUGCAGGGAUGAAGUUUCAAGCUAAAUUUGGACGUUUGGGGUGAAUAAAACCGGUCUAAUAGCCAAGGUAAGUAUUAAAUAUGUUUUGCCGACGUGUAUUUGGAAAUAUUUCUGACGGAUUUCGCGGUAUUUCGCGGAAAUACCUGAAUUUCGCGGGUCCGCGACCGCGCGAAAUAUCAGAAGCCCUGUAAAUGCUAGCUUCAGCUUGCGCGAAUGGCAAGCUGUAAAAAUGAUUUUCUUUGCACUCUGAUUUUAUAAUGAUGUAACCUAUUUCUGGCAUUUUAGUAAAACAUUUUCCUUUGUAUUACAAUUUCUCACAAGCAUUAACUUGACACAUGGUCUAAUUUCCUUAGGUAACAAGUUUAAUAAUCUAAUGCAUUCCACCACUUCUGAUAGAAUGAGUCUCUUUGAUAUUGUGCUCGUGCUGUACAGUUAUAGUUAAAUUGAUAAUCAAUGCUACUGCCCUUUCCAUUGUAUUCUAACUUUGAAAAUGUAUUCAGUAAAUUCUCUUAAAACAAGAAUUAUGUCCUGAAUAAUCUGUCCUUGAUAGAGACCCUAAGCGGUCGAAAUCUUGUAUUAGUAACAAUUAAUAAUGACUCUCUUCAUAGCUUGAGAAGGCAGCUGAUUUUGCAAUGCCACCUCUCCAUGAAACAUCAUGAGUGCAGAAAUUCCAUACUGGUGACAAGUCACUACCCAGAUCUGGGGAGUGCUUUUGAUUGGUUGUGGCAUGAGGGAAAUUUGCCUCAAGCAAUCAGAAGCACAACCCAGAUCCCAAAACUUGAUUAGUAUGGAAUUUCUGCAGUUGCUCCCCAGAUGUCAUUCAGAGGAAAACCAGUGAUGGCGUCAUGAAAUGUCAGCUGUUUUUCUGGCUAUCAUCAUUGCACUUUGAUUAGUUGCUUACAAGAGGGUAGCUUGCGAACAGCAGACGUUUCUCCUUGCCCAUCGCCACUGGGGGACAGUUUGCAAGGAGGAACGUCUGCGACUCAGCGACAGAAAUUCCAUACUGAUGAUGUAAAUCAAUGUUUACAUAAUAAAUCCGGUAGUCAUGGGGUUCCAAAUGCAAAUUUGUUCAAUUUUACGUCUCUCCUGGUCAAUUUUAAUAAAGUGUUGUGUUCAUCUGCGAAUGAGCUCCAGAAAUACUCAAAUGCCUCUAAGUUCUGGAGAAGACUAUAUUCUUCAAAUAUUGACUGUUUUGUUAGAGAUUCAUCGCGUUUAUAUUUGACCUUUGCGGCCUUUUGUCUUUUGUCUUUUGUCUGUCAUUCGUAAACAAUACCUAAAACAAUGAAACUACUCCAUCGACCAAUUAGACUUACUGCUUCUGACCGGAUUCCGGACAGAUUUUGCGUCAUCAAAAUGGAAUUUCUGUCCCUGAGUCGCAGACAUUUUUCCUCGCAAAACUUAUCUUAGCAGGAAUGAGUGAGGAGAAACGUCUGCCGUUCGCAGGCUAACAAGAGGGCUGAUUGUUUGUUGCAUGUAAGUGCAUUGUUUCAUUAUUGCAGUGCCAUCUCAAGAUUCUCAAGCUCAUAAUCUCAAUUUUCAUAGGUGACUUAGGGCAUGUGACGUCAGUAACUAGUCCACAAGUAGAAGAAGGAGACUGCAGAUUUUUACCCAAUGAAAUACUGCAAGAGGUAAGAGAACAGCCUGUUAUUUUUGCAUUACUUUAAGUGAAAUUUAUAUGGCCCUCACUCGGCCUGCAGGCAGUUUUAAAGUGAAUCUUUAUUAGCAGUCACUCUCAGUUGACUUGAGCGUUAAGAUUUGAAUUCAAAUUUGAUGCUUGUCCUAUAGGCGAAUCUUUGUUUACACUUUUCCCUCAUUAACAUAUGCUUAUCAUUAUCUGAUGACGCUAAUAAAAUAAAAACUCUGAAUAUUGAAAGAGCAUAACAGUUUCAGUUAUCCCUGAAAAUUUGAGCCCAAAACACCGAAUGGUUUCAGAGAAAUUCUCUUCUGAAAACUCAAAAUUUUAAAGAGAAUGUAUGGCUCAUUAACUUUUUUGCCACACAGAAAUUUCGCAGUUUUUGAUUGCUGAUAUUUCCCUCAAUAUUGCUCGCAAAGAGCUGAAAAUUGCACAAAUUGGUCCACUUAAUCAGCUCUUUCAACUUUUGCAUUUAGUUCAUAUGUGCGGCCACGGUUUCUGUGAGUUAAGUCGUAUGCUAAUGAGGAUAAAUGUCAACAGUGACGUCAGCAAAGAUUCGCCUAUACUAGGUCAUCUUUCUCCUGCUUUGAACAACCUUGCCUUGCAAAACAAACCCUCCUGUAAAUAAGAGUAGACUGUUUAGCUGGUUGGUACACUCCGCAUGCAUUUGUGUAUGGGAUGGUCUGUAACUCUUUUCUUUUGGAGCAAAGAGAGGUGCAGACAGAAAACCGUUGGAGGUGAUUGUUGGGAUACUUCAUCCUGUCUCUUUGUUUUCUAAAUUACUCUUCCCUUGGUCAAACCUUAUCAACAGUCAGCAGCGUGCAAAGAAAUUUGUGUGCGAUAGCCCCAGGCUAGUGGAUUUUGCUAUCAGGCUAGUGAUUUGUGUACUUAACUUGACCGAUAGGCAAGUGCUGUUUUUUGGGGAAAUUCAAAUUACAGUCAGGAUUGUAAUCAAUCCUGCUAAUCAAAAAGGGUUUUGAGGCUGGUUGAAAUGACUUGUGGGCUAGUACAUGUUAGCUACAGCUUGCCCACAUGGCAGGCUGUAAAACUGACUUUCUUUGCACCCUGAGUCAGCCUCUGUUAAAUGACUAGUGUGACCAUUUCCUAGUUUGACUCACUAUGAAUUGUUUAAGCAUUAACAAAACCUGGAUUUGACCUGACCAGGCCAACCUUUUUAUUAAAAUAAAUUUCCUGAAAAAAGGUCAAGGGACGAGAUCACAGGGGUUAAUCUGAUUCGGUCCCAUUCACUCAUCCCAGUUUUGUCAACAGCCGUUUUAAUUUUAUUCUAAAAAAGCGGGCUUUUAGCCAGACAUUGAAAAUUGGCCUUCCAAGGCCUGUUUUCCCAUAAAAUUAUUAGAGAUUAAGUGAAUUUUCCUUGUAUUUCUUCCAAAAAUGGGCAUCCAUAGGAUGGCUGGACACCCUCCUGGCCAAAACCUUGUAUAGAACUCACAACUAAUUUCUGCUGUUUGAAAUGUUUUACUACACUUCAGGACUACUCUUCAUUACCAAAAGCUGACAUUUUUGCGCUAGCAUUGACAGUAUAUUUGGCUGUAAGUAUGAGUCUUUUAAUAUAUAAAAGCAAGGUACUUCUUUUGCUAUAUUUUUGUAAUGUCUUGGCUUAUUAAUACUGUUUCUACUGACUUAAAAAUCUACCAUUAGAGGUUUUAAGUAAAUCAUUAGAGAUUUAGCUGUACUCAAGAUAGGAAACUCUGCUUCUGGCAUGAUUGGUUUGAUGUUCACUAGAUCAUGAGGUCUAUGCUUCUACUCCAACUCCUUUGUAACAGCCUUCAACUCUCUAAUUAAUUUAAUAUUAAUAGGGCUUGGAAUGAAAAGGAAAUUCUGAGUCAAACUACAAUCACCGACAAAAUGAGUUAAGACACUUCACCCUAAAGGGGCUUUUUGACAUUUUCCUGACCUCAAAAGGGGAAAAUAUAGCUUUUCCUCCCCAAUCCCCUCCAUGCAAUGUUGUGCCGCUGUGCAAGCUACCUUUAGAAAACAACAAACCCCCUAACUUUGAAUGGAGGGGACAGGGGAGGGGAGUGGAUUCUUAUGUUCUCAGAAGUUACUCUAUUUGAGUACAAUGUCUCAACAAUUUGUCGGCAAUUGUAGAUUGAAGACAGUCCAUUAAAACAGUAAUUAUCACUGGACAGGCAGAAGGGCUCUUUAAAAAAUUGAGUGAUGUUCUUCACUGCUUCUAAAUAGGCCAAAUUCCGGAAGAAAAAAAAAGAUAAUUGUCCACCAGAAUACAACCUCGCUAUAACUUGUAUUGUAGAACAAGUGACUUGAUGUUUGUUGGUCUUUUAAGGGAGGAGGACCAGACCUUCCAAAGAAUGGUGAAGAAUGGCAUGAAAUCAGGUAAACAUUAUUGCGUUCACCUCGGUAAUCAUGCUUCACAUACUUACCAACCUUUUAUGUCAUUUUUGUAAUAUCUGCAAUGUCUAUUUUGUCCUAUUUGGCUGGCUAUUGAUUGGGUUUUUUUCCUAAAGUUUUCAUUAUUUUUACGCCCAUCACAGUACACAUUACAAAACUGACUUUCUUUUCACCCUGACAACAAUGUAGGAGUGUGCACAAUGGCUGUAUGAAAAUACUAGCGAUUACAUUAACUCUUUCUGUUUAGUGCCAUACAUGUACUAAUUGUUAUUCUUUCAUUGUUUCACAGGAGAGGUCAUCUUAAAACUCUGGACCAUAUCUCACCUGAAAUGAACUCACUUUUGAAGGUUAGUAUUAUAGUAAUUUUUCAUUAUUUUAUAUAAUGGGUGAAAAACAAGUUUGUGAAUAACAAGGCCCAGAUUUGUAAGGGGCUUGAAAAACAUAAAAGCAACAGCAAUGAAAUUGCCACCUAGAAAGUGAAUUUACUUUCUUUCAAUUUUACUGAACUGUUUGAGACUGUGUAAAAGUGCAGAAUGUAUUCACAGCCUCCCCAGAAAUUAAAAAGACAAAAGGAAAGUCAUUGCAAACUGACAGCAAAGAAAUGUAUCAAAUGUGCGUUUUGCUUAUUGAUCUCAUUGCUCUUUGAACAAUGUUGUUGCUGUUCUCAUCAUGCUACAGGUUGCCACUUCAGCCUAGGUUUUAACAUGUUUUCUACAACUUUUAAGCAACUUUUAUCAAGGCUCCUAUAAUUAUGUAGAAUCCAACAAAAACCAAGAUUUCUAAUUUUGCCAUUUGAAAGGCACCAUUUCAUGUCCAGUCCUUUCAAACUGUGUGGCUUCUAUGUUUGUUCUUGUCUCUGUAACCUGAUAGCUGGUGUAAAUAAUUUUUCCAGCUUAUGAUUGACCCUGAAACAAGUAAGCGGCCCUCUGCCACAACCCUCACACAACACCCAGUGCUUUGUCCUCUUUCAGCAAAAUCCAAGGUAUGCAUUAGAACCAUUUAUACUCAAUGUUGAGACAAGUAGUAAUUCUUGUAACAUUAAUUUAAAUAACUUCCUUUAAUUACAAUACGAUUAUGGUUUUAAAGCUAAACUGCUUGUGGGGUUCUGUCAAAAAUGAAAUAAUUUAUGCAAAAUGACAUUAAUUAUUGAAGCAGCAUUUUGUAAAAUUAAUGUUAUCAGUGUUAGAAGAAAAAUAAUGUCUACAUCAGUAUGUGACCAGUCUUCUUUUAAAAAGCAAUAAGUUGCUGACUUGUAAAAUUCUCUUUCAAACCAGUUAAUUUUUGUUUUGCCUUAUAAUUCUUAGAGCCAUUAUCAAAACCUGAGAGAAAGGAAAGCAAAAAUAUAAGCAGUUCUAAAACUUUAAAACCUAAGGAGAAAUGUAAACAAGAACAUCAUGUUAGUCUGAGAAAGCGAAAGUCUGGUAUUCAUAUUUCUGCCUGAAAUUAUUCAAAUUAAUAAUUGUCAUGGCAAAAAAAAAAAACACUAUCACUAGCUAGGUUUGUAUAAUUGUUGUGUCAUUAAAUUUUUUAGUGUUGGAAUUCAUUUUACUCUUCUGACAUUUUCGUUACAGGCCCAGCUAAGGAAGGAACUGAAUGCAGAAAAGUUCAAGAAUGAAGUCCUUUCAAGGUAGAGUAAUCAAGAUUCUGAAAAUUAUAAGAGUCGCAACUGUAGUCAUAAGUUUAUUUUCAACAACACAUAACCCACUGUAUGUGAAUUCUCAGGCUGAUAAUAUAAAAUAAUUGUCUAAAGAAGAUGGAAAGUGAAAAGUGACAGUUCAAUUCUGCAAUGAAAUAUAAUGAAAAAUUAACUUUAUAUAUUCAUUUUUACAUCUUUAUCUUUUCUCGGUAUAUUACAAACCAAUUAAAUGACCAGUUCCCAGUUGGCUUGCUAUGGUUAUAGCAUUGCACCUGUAUCCUAAAGGUCAUGGAUUGACUCCUGGUUUAAGCCUGAAUUUUUUCAGGCUUUCAUUUUACAGCUGCAUAAAGUUGUAUCCUUCACUACAUCUUCUUUGCAUUUACAACUUUUUCCCUUUCUAACAGGGAACUAGAAGAGGCAAGAGAAAACCAAAACAACCUUCCAAGACCCAAGAUUGGACUUGGGACUCAAUGCCGCAAUUCUAGAAUAAUAGGACAAAAAGUAAACAGAAGCAUGAGCUUAAGCGUGCUCAUGUGAAUCCUGAAGUUUUAUCAUUUUAUUCUUGUGAAUAGCGGAUCAACAAUUGAUGUUUCUGGGCAUUUGUACACCUACCCCUCCCCUAAGUCAACAUUAACACUAACUUUUCACUUGGGGCAAAAUUGUGACUAAGGGGAGGGGUAGGUGGUUAGUUACUCACAAACCUCAAUUGAUCCUAAAUAGCUGCUAUCUCCAUAUUCAGAUUGGUUUUAGCAAUAUCUUUUUAAAUAUAACCACAACUUUCAUUGUCUUGCUUUCCAUCCUUUAGCAACAUCUUUAAACCUUUGGGAAGAUAUUCAUUUUUUAAGGGCUUUUUAAUAAAAUGUUAAUAAUUAUUGUAAGUUUUGACAA